AAUGGAGGCUCGGAGGUCUCCCCUUCAGGCGGGGAGCGGCCUCCCAGAGGAGCUCCGCAGCCCCGAGGUUGAGCGCUGGCGCUUCCGCAGCUGCGUCUCCCGGGAGGCGGAGGGGCCCCGGGCGCUUUGCAGCCGCCUGUACGGGCUGUGCCGGGGGUGGCUGCGGCCCGAGCGGAGCAGCAAAGCCGAGAUGCUGGACCUGGUGGUGCUGGAGCAGCUGCUGGCCCUGCUGCCCCCGGAGCUGGCGGGCUGGCUGAGGGAGUGCGCGGUGGAGAGCUGCGCCCAGGCGGUGGCCCUGGCCGAAGGCUGCCUCCUCGGCCCCGCAGCCGCCCAGGAAAAGCUGGCAAAGGGCCGGCAGUUGCAGGAGCCAUUCAUUGAGGAGAUCUCAGCAGAGCUCCAGGGAAAAGGAGAUCCAUCCAAUGAUUCUAAAGAGCUUCUUUUCAGGAGGAUCCAAUUGGGGCCACCUUGCCAGGACUCUGAUCUCUUUGAGGAGGUGGCUGUUGACUUCACAGAGGAGGAGUGGGCACUGCUGGAUUCUAGCCAGAAGGCCUUGUGCAGAGAAGUCAUGCUGGAGGUUACUAUGAAUAUGGCUGCUCUGGGUGAUGGUGAUGGGCUGGAGAAUGAGAAGCAUCUGAGGUUAUUUAAACUACAAAGGGCAGUGUCUUCAAAGAGCCAAAGCGACUUCUGUACGAGACAUAAUAUCAUUCCCCAUCAGAGGAGCCACUCAAGCGAAAAAACAAAUAGUUGUGUGGAGCUUGGAAAGAGAUUCUCUGAAAAUAGUGAUAUUACUUGCCAUCAAAGGAUUGACACAGAGGACAGACGAUAUAAAUGCCUGGAGUGUGAAAAGAGCUUUAUUGACAAAUUGCGCCUUACUUUCCACCUAAGGAUGCACAUGGCGGAAAGACCGUAUAAAUGCAUGGAGUGUGGAAAAAGCUUUCGUCAGAACUCAGAACUUAUUUCUCAUCAGAGAAUCCACACUGGGGAGAGACCAUAUAAAUGCUUGGAGUGUGGAAAAAGCUUCACUCAUAAAACAAAUCUUAAUGUUCAUGAAAGGAUUCAUACUGGGGAGAGACCUUAUAAAUGUAUACAAUGUGGAAAAGCGUUUACUCAGAAAAAUAGUCUUAUUAGUCAUGAAAGAAUCCAUACAGGGGAGAAACCAUUUCAAUGUACAGAAUGUGGAAAGUGUUUUGCUCAGAAAGGACAACUUAAAUUCCAUGAGAAAAUCCACAGGGCAGAAAUGCUUGGAGUGUGGAAAAAGCUUUAACUUGAGCAAAGAUCUUAUUUGUCAUGAAAGGACCCACACUGGGGAGCGACUAUAUAAGUGCAUGGAAUGUGGAAAGCAAUGUACUUGGAAAAAUUAUCUUAUUAAUCAUGAAAGAGACCAUAUAAAUGCACAGAAUGUGGAAAAUGUUUUGCUCAAAGGGUUUAGCAUUCCUGAGACGUGGUUUAGCAUUUGUUCACUGAAGGUGGUAAUCUUGGGUGAAAGGCCAGUUUUCUUACUUUGGCAAUGAGAUCUCAGGAUAAAAGACAUCUUAGGUUAUGAUCAAAUUAGGAGGAAUGUUGCACACUAUUACAUUUAUUUUUUCCACUGCACUUUCACCUUUGUCUAGAGGCUACUCUGAUCUGUGGUUUUGAACUGCUGAAGGCAGAAUGUGUGAGGGGUGGUCAUAAUUUCCUUCCCACACAUUCCAAUAAAAAUUCUCUAAUUCAGCUCAUUCUUUCUGUAUAUUGCAGAUAACAUUAAAACACUUCUAACUAAAAGUUAAA